AUGGAUGAAGAUGGUAAGCCAGGAAUACACGCAAGGCUGUGGUGGGGGGUGAAGGAAGGCAGUGCUGUUGCCGCCAGUGAGAGGUGGCCAAUCGCAGCCGAUCCAGCUGUCAUCGUGGAAUCGGUGGUUGAGAAGCAAUUGACAAGACUGGUCGAGGUGGAUAACUACCCGAUCGCAGAACCAGCCCACUAA